UCAGCAGCAGUAGCUUCACCAUCAGUAGCAGCAGCAGUUCCGCAGGUCUCCCACCCCGCAAACCUACAGCUAGGGAAGAAUCAGGGAAAAAAGAGCAGAGAAAACUGAAGUCAGCACUACAUACUGAAGCGACCGAUUGCUAGCUUUGCAUGGACACGGACAGAAACCUGCUGUCUUCCUGUUUUGCCUUUCUUCGUCUCCAAUGACGGUGGGGUGGGGAGGUUCAGGGCGCAUCUCAGUGACGGUCAGCACCUAGUAAAAGGAUCAAGCGCUGCCGAAGGGCUGAUCAGGGUACAUUCCGUUCCCUGGGAGUGCAGGUGCCCUCCCACUUCAGACCAGGUGACCUUCAUCUGCCAGCAUGGCAGGAGCAUCUGUGAAGGUGGCCGUAAGGGUUCGUCCCUUCAAUUCAAGGGAGAUCAGCAAGGAAUCCAAGUGUAUCAUUCAGAUGUCAGGUGCAACAACAACCAUUAUAAACCCCAAGCAGCCAAAAGAACCUCCCAAAAGCUUCAACUUUGACUACUCAUACUGGUCUCAUACAACGCCUGAUGACAUGAACUAUGCUUCACAACAGCAAGUAUACCAGGAUAUUGGGGAAGAGAUGCUGCUACAUUCCUUUGAAGGCUAUAAUGUAUGCAUCUUUGCCUAUGGACAGACAGGAGCUGGUAAAUCAUAUACCAUGAUGGGCAAACAAGAAAAAGACCAGCAAGGAAUCAUUCCACAGCUCUGUGAAGAUCUCUUCUCUCGCAUCAAUGACGCCAGUAAUGAUAACAUGUCGUACUCUGUGGAGGUGAGCUAUAUGGAAAUUUACUGUGAGCGUGUGCGUGACCUACUGAACCCAAAGAACAAGGGAAACCUACGCGUCAGGGAACACCCACUUCUUGGGCCUUAUGUUGAAGACCUUUCCAAACUGGCUGUCACAUCUUACAACGACAUCCAAGACCUGAUGGAUUCUGGAAACAAGGCUCGGACAGUAGCUGCUACAAAUAUGAAUGAGACGAGUAGCCGUUCCCAUGCUGUCUUCAACAUCAUCUUCACACAGAAGCGUUUUGAUCCAGAAUCUGCCACUGCAACCGAAAAAGUAAGCAAAAUCAGCUUGGUUGACCUGGCAGGAAGUGAACGUGCAGAUUCCACAGGGGCAAAGGGUACAAGGUUAAAGGAAGGAGCCAACAUUAACAAAUCACUAACAACUUUGGGAAAAGUCAUCUCAGCUCUUGCAGAAGUGGAUUCUGGACCAAAUAAGAACAAGAAAAAGAAAAAAACUGACUUCAUUCCAUAUCGGGACUCUGUGCUAACUUGGUUACUAAGGGAAAACUUAGGUGGUAACUCCAGAACAGCCAUGGUAGCUGCCUUGAGCCCUGCUGAUAUUAACUAUGAUGAGACCUUAAGUACACUAAGAUAUGCUGACCGUGCCAAGCAAAUCCGUUGCAAUGCAGUCAUCAAUGAAGACCCCAACAACAAACUGAUUCGUGAAUUAAAGGAUGAGGUGGCGCGGCUGAGAGACUUGCUUUAUGCCCAGGGUCUGGGUGACAUCAUUGAAAAUCCUCCUGAACCUACUGAGGAAGGUGGAUUUAAAUACAUCUCCGAUUUUGCGAACAAUAAUAGUAAUCGCAGAGUGAGUCAACGACCUGACAAUCUCUCCACAGUGACCAAUGCCAUGACGGGAAUGAGCCCAUCUCCUUCUUUAUCUGCUCUCUCCAGUCGUGCGGGCUCCAUCGGAAGUCUACAUGACAGAUUGAUGUUCACACCAGGCAGUGAGGAAGCUAUUGAGAGGCUGAAGGAAACAGAGAAGAUUAUUGCUGAACUCAAUGAGACAUGGGAGGAAAAGCUGCGGCGGACAGAGGCAAUACGAAUGGACAGGGAAGCACUGCUGGCAGAGAUGGGUGUAGCAAUGCGUGAAGAUGGUGGCACUGUGGGUGUUUUCUCUCCCAAAAAGACUCCUCACCUCGUUAACCUGAACGAAGAUCCGCUUAUGUCAGAAUGCCUACUGUACUACAUCAAAGAUGGUAUCACAAGAGUGGGGCGUGAAGAUGCACAAAAGAGGCAGGACAUUGUUCUGAGUGGACAUUUCAUCAAAGAUGAACACUGCAUCUUCUGUAGUGAAACAUUGAACACUGGAGAAGUAAUUGUGAAACUGGAACCCUGUGAAGGAGCAGAUACGUAUGUUAAUGGCAAGAAGGUGACAGAGCCAACUAUUCUUAGAUCAGGUAAUCGUAUCAUCAUGGGCAAAAGCCAUGUUUUCCGCUUCACACACCCAGAGCAGGCACGGCAGGAACGGGAGAGGACGCCAUGUGCUGAGACACCUUCUGAGCCUGUGGACUGGGCUUUUGCUCAAAGGGAGCUCCUGGAAAAGCAGGGUAUCGACAUGAAGCAGGAAAUGGAACAGAGACUUCAGGAACUGGAGGAUCAAUAUCGAAAGGAACGGGCUGAAGCCAACUACCUUUUGGAGCAACAGAGGCUAGACUAUGAAAGCAAGCUAGAAGCUUUACAGAAGCAAAUGGAAUCAAAACAAUACCCUGAAAUGGCUGAAGAGGAAGAUGAACCUGAAGAUGAAGUGCAAUGGACGGAGCAGGAGUUUGAGCUGGCUCUUUGGGCAUUUAGGAAAUGGAGAUGUUAUCAGUUCACAUCCCUGAGAGACCAGCUAUGGGGUAACGCCAUCUUCCUGAAGGAAGCCAAUGCAAUUAGUGUGGAACUCAAGAAAAAGGUUCAGUUCCAGUUUGUGCUUCUAACAGACACGCUGUAUUCGCCGCUCCCACCGGACCUCCUACCUCCUGAUGCUACAAAGGACCGUGAAAAACAACCUUUUCCUCGAACCAUUGUGGCAGUGGAAGCCCAAGAUCAGAAGAAUGGAGCCACUCACUACUGGACGCUUGAUAAACUCAGGCAACGACUGGAGUUGAUGCGGGAGAUGUAUGACAAAGCUGCUGAAGUUCCCUCAAGUCUCAUUGAUGAUUGUGACAACAUUAUGACUGGUGGAGAUCCUUUCUAUGACAGGUUUCCCUGGUUCCGGCUGGUUGGCAGCACCCCUUUUUUCAACACAUGCAUGAGUGAACGCAUGGCUGACCUCACCCCCUCCCCCACCUUCUCGAACCCAGACUCUGACAUCACCGAGCUCGCCGAUGAGCCACAUGAUGGGAGGGAGGAGGAGGAGGAGGAGGACCUGGAAGACGACAUCUUUCCGGAGUACUCGUGUGGUGGCCAGGACCCUUUUUACGACCGCUCACCCUUGUUCAGUUUAGUGGGAAGGGCCUUUGUUUACCUUAGCAAUCUGCUGUACCCUGUUCCUCUGGUACACCGAGUCGCUAUUGUAAGCGAGAAGGGGGAGGUUAAAGGCUUCUUGCGUGUGGCUAUCCAAGCUAUUUCUGCGGAUGAGGAAGCUCCAGAUUAUGGCUCGGGUGUUCGACAGUCAGGAACUGCUAAGAUCUCAUUUGACGAUCAGCAUUUUGAAAAGUUUCAGGCAGAAUCCUGCUCAGUUGGAAUGACUCGAUCAGGAACGUCACAGGAAGAGUUGCGGAUUGUUGAAGGCCAAGGUCAGAGUGGAGAUUCCGGACUAUCAGCUGAUGAAGUUAAUAAUAAUACCUGUGCAGCAACACCUGAAGACCACAUGUUGGAUAGCCCAAUAAAAGCGCCACCUGAUGGAGUAGCAGAGGGUGUAAUGGAACAUCUCAGGAUCGGAAGUAUUUUUACUUUCAGAGUAACAGUCCUGCAAGCAUCUAGUAUCUCUGCUGAAUAUGCAGACAUUUUCUGCCAAUUCAACUUUAUUCAUCGUCAUGAUGAGGCCUUUUCUACAGAACCUCUGAAGAACACUGGAAGAGGACCACCUCUUGGAUUCUACCAUGUGCAGAAUAUUGCUGUGGAAGUCACCAAGUCUUUUGUAGAAUACAUCAAGACACAGCCAAUUGUGUUUGAGGUGUUUGGUCACUACCAACAGCACCCCUUUCCACCACUCUGUAAAGAUGUCAUCAGCCCACUGAGACCUUCUAGACGUCAUUUUCCACGAGUCAUGCCUUUGUCCAAACCUGUUCCAGCUACCAAGCUGAGCGCAGUGACCCGUCCCAGCUCUGGCCCAUGCCAUGCCAAGUAUGACCUAAUGGUCUUCUUCGAGAUUUGUGAGCUAGAAGCCAAUGGAGACUACAUCCCAGCAGUUGUCGACCACAGAAGUGGCAUGCCUUGCCAUGGAAUCUUCCUCCUACAUCAGGGGAUACAGAGAAGAAUAACUGUGACAAUAGUGCAUGAGACAGGAAGUGACAUUCAAUGGAAGGAAAUCCGUGAGUUGGUUGUCGGUCGUAUUCGUAACACCCCUGAGAGCGAUGAGUCAUUAAUUGAUCCCAAUAUUCUUUCCCUCAAUAUCCUAUCCUCUGGAUACAUUCAUCCCUCUCAAGAUGAUCGGCAGUUUCUUGAUUCGGAUAUGCCUAGCAUUUCAUAUGGAAUUAACACUAGGACGUUCUACCAAUUUGAAGCCGGAUGGGACAGUUCCAUGCAUAAUUCACUGUUACUGAACCGGGUGACACCUUAUGGAGAGAAAAUCUACAUGACACUAUCUGCUUACCUGGAGAUGGAAAACUGCACUCAACCAGCAGUGAUCACCAAAGAUUUUUGUAUGGUCUUUUACUCCAGGGACGCCAAACUCCCAGCAUCUCGAUCCAUUCGUAACCUGUUCGGUAGUGGGAGCCUUAAGCCUUCUGAAAGCAAUCGUGUGACUGGUGUGUAUGAGCUUACCUUGUGUCAUCUUGCAGAUGCUGGCAGUCCAGGCAUGCAAAGAAGAAGAAGACGAGUCCUGGACACCUCAGUGGCUUAUGUUCGAGGAGAAGAGAACCUUGCUGGCUGGAGACCACGUAGUGACAGUCUCAUUUUAGAUCACCAGUGGGAACUGGAGAAACUGAGCUUGUUGCAAGAGGUUGAGAAAACACGUCACUACCUUCUGCUUCGAGAGAAAUUAGAAACUGCACAAAAGUCAGGCAUGGAGUCAAUUUCAUCAUAUGUCAAUGAAAGUCUGAAUGAACCAUUCACUUUCUCCCAAAUAUCAAGAAGCAACAGUCAAGAUAUACAAAGCCCACCAAAUGAAGUCACAAGUGAAAGACAGAAAGAACUAGCAGCCAAGUGCUUGCGUCUUCUGACUCACACCUUUAAUCGGGAGUAUAGCCACGUUUGUGCAAGUGCCAGUGAGAGCAAGUUGUCUGAGAUGUCUGUCACCCUGAUGAGAGAUGCAUCUACGCCUGUGCUAGGAAACUCCACCCUCACACCUUCCUCCACAUGCCCAUCACUUGUGGAGGGUCGCUAUGCCAACACUGACAUCAGGACCCCUGAGGCUCAGUCCCCAUUGCCAGGACCAGAUGAUGAACAAUUUGUGCAAGUUGAGCAGAAGAAAUCUCCAAUUCAGAUGAAGGAGGACAAAGACAUCCCACGACCUCUUAUACCAGACAUCCAGGAGAUCCGAGUCAGCCCCAUUGUAUCAAAGAAAGGCUAUCUGAACUUCCUUGAGCCUCACACCAAUGGCUGGGUAAAACGUUAUGUGGUGGUUAGGCGGCCAUAUGUGUACAUCUUCAACAGUGAGAAAGACUCUGUAGAGCGUGCCAUUCUAAACUUGUCAUCUGCUCAGGUGGAAUACAGUGAGGACCAGCAGGCCAUGUUGAAGAGUCCAAAUACGUUUGCUGUGUGUACAGAGCAUCGUGGGAUCCUUCUGCAGGCAAAUAGUGACAAGGACAUGCAUGACUGGCUAUAUGCAUUCAAUCCACUGUUAGCUGGUACCAUCAGGUCAAAACUUUCAAGAAGGAGAAGUGGACAGAUGAGAAUCUAACAGAAAAAAAAAAAAUGAUUACAUCUUCCUUUUUGGGAAUCGGAGAAACCUAAGACAUAAAUCAAAACACAUGAUCAGUCAUGGUAAUUUUUUAAAACAAACAACGAUGAUAUAAACCAAGCGUUAUUGGAAAUGCACUUGGAGAAGCUAGCAUCAGUGGAACUGGUGGGAGAGCUGGAUGCACGUGAACUCCAUCCUUUCUCUGCUUACGCCAUUCUUUUUGUUUCCUUCAACACAAGAGUUAUUUCCAGAAGAAAAGCCCUAAAGAUACCAACGAAUCUUCCUUGCUCUGCAGUUUGUUACCAUGACUUUUCAUUGCUUCUCUUCACUACUAUAAGGAUUUUUAUCAUCUUUGGUUCAGUUUAUAUGAAGAGAUGAUUCCCUAGCAUGCCCCUAUAACUCAUUCUAAAGAAAUCAAAGGCCUAGGCAGUGCAAAUAAAACUCAUUGCAGCAGCAUCUCUUAGAGAGAACUCAGACUCAUGCUAGUGACCAAUCCACUCACCUGCGCUUGAUGUCAAUGGAGUUGUAUCUUUCUCACUGCUGAACAGGAAGUUGGCCUCAUCAUAUCUGACUUCUGCCAUGCAGAUUUUGCUGUGUGCUGUAUUGUCAGGCUGUUUUAUGUGCACUGGUGUGUGGUAGAACUUGAAUGCUUGCAAGACUUGCCACUUGACUAACUACCAAAUCUGCCUGCCAUACACAUAGUAAUCAAAAUGCAGAUAUCGCUGCAGUGUGUUGAAGGGUGAUGUGUUAUAUAUUUGUGUCACUCAUGCGAUUUCCAUCUUGAAGAGCUGCACCAGGCUUUUGCUAACCCAGGCCCACAGAUGUGUGAUUCUCUGUUGAGGACUGAAGAAUUUAGGUGGUGUGACUCCAGCAUUACACAAGAGUGCAAAUUAUUUUUAGUUUCUGAUGUCAUGGUUAUAGAGGCAGGCUAAGCUCAAGCUCUUGGUUAAAUGUCUAAGUUUUUAUUUAUUAUUAUGCAAAUCUCUCAGAACAAGGUAACAUACCAACUCUGAGACAGUGGAGGUACUCUGUAGAAUAAAAAAAGAAUUGAAUGCUUCCACUGAUAAGUCUUUGCAGAACCAUAAAAUAAGGAAGAGAAACAUCCAGUCCUGUUGACAGGUGGAGACCAUGCUUAGUACAAACUCAACUGUGGAGGGAGGUUCUGCUAGCUUAUGUACUCUCUGGCUAGACCUGGGGAAAGGAGAUGCACCUGAAAAACUGCAAUGAAAAUGACCCCCCCACACACACACACAUACACACACACACAAAUCAGAAUUAUUUUGUCAUCAUCAUCAGUUCUGCCUUAAAAAUAGAGAAGGAGAACACUUCUGACUUCAGUUUUCAUUACUGGAGUAGGAAGACAACAACAUUAAGUUAAAAUGAAAUAUAAAAAACUUACUAAAGAGAAUUAUUGCUUAUAAAGUAAGGAAAGUUAUUGUCAUUUAUUUAUUUAUAUAUUUUACUCAUUACACGAUGUAAGUUGAACUGUACUUAAAUACUGCAUGCAACACAAAGUGGUGGCAAUGUCAAUUAUGUCCUCGUUUUAUUAUAGCAGAAAAAGCAAUGAAGCAGUUCUUUAUUUACAUGUUGGAUUGGUUGGUGAGUCAGAUUUACAGAAGUAACUAUUUUAAUGUAUGUACUAAAAAUUAAUGUGAGUCUCUGUUUUGAAAGCAUAUGCUUGAAAGCUUUAUGAUUGCAGGUGAUCACCAUAAUUACAGAGGAGGUUAAGACUUACUCAAAUACAAGUCAAGACUAUUUAUGUUUUCUAGUAAUUUGCAUGCUUAGCAGAGAGAACAGAGAAUUUAGUCACAUCACCCUUUCCAUAUGAUUCCUUUGGGCAAGUCUGCAUAAACACUGAAAUUGUCAUAUCUGUGCUUUGUUUAGUGAUUUUUUGAUGAUAGCAGAAAUCAGAUACUAUGCAAGCUUGCAGUGUUUCUAAACGCUAGGCUCUUGUGCGUUGUAUCCACUAGAAUUUGCAAUAUUUGGGGACUGGAAGAAACUAACCAGAUGUCUCAGUGUUAUAAACCAUAAAAUAAAAGCAUUUAUGUAUUUUUUUAACUUG